GGAGCAAGAGCACCUGAACCUAAGUAGACCAAGAACCCAGUGAGGGACAGGACGUAUUUUAUUUCCGGAUGGCUUCAGUUAUGCCUCUUUCAGAAAAAGACCUUCACUGCCCUGUGUGCUGUGAGGUGUUCGUUUUCCCUGUCACUCUAGAGUGCAGGCACACCAUUUGCAAAAUUUGUGUGCAGAAACACUGGGAAUGGAAGGGAUCUCGCGAGUGUCCUGUGUGUCAGAGAAGGUCUUCCACGGACAGACCUCCUAUCAACCUAGCUCUAAAGAUAGCCUCUGAUUCCUUGAUGGGUCUGAAGCUGCAGAACGCUAAGAUGGAUUCCGAGGCCUGGUGCAACCUUCAUAAUGAGCAGCUGAAGGUCUUCUGCCUGUUUGAGGAGAAACCAAUCUGCACUGUUUGUCAGGUGUCAAAGGAACACAGGCUCCAUUUGUGCUGUCCGGUGGAAGAAGCUGCUUUGGAUCGAAAGCGUGAGAUUUCAACACAACUGAACUCAUUCCAAAAACAACUGAAAGCAUUUAACGCAAUUAAAGGAGACUGGACAGAAACAGAAAACUACAUAAAGGUCCAGGCUGACAAAACUGACAGACAAAUAAGGACAGAAUUUGAAAAGUUACAUAAGUUUCUCUGGGAGGAAGAGACAGCCAGGUUGGCAGCCCUGCGAGAGGAAGAAAAAAAGAAAACCCAAACUGUGAAGGAAAAGCUUGAGGGUAUUACAAACACUAUUGCUGUUCUAUCAGACACUAUCAGCAAUUUACAGAAGGCUAUAGAAGCUGACGAUGUGUCCUUCCUACAGGACUUCAAGCAGACAAAGAGCAGAGCGAUAUCUAGAACACCAGAGGUCGAGAGAAUUUCAGGAGCUCUGAUAGAUGUCUCUAAACACCUGGGCUCAUUGAAAUUCCAUGUCUGGAAGAAGAUGUUAGAAAUCAUCAAUUACACUCACAUCACUAUGGACCCCAACACGGCACAUCCAAAUUUGAGCUUCACUCUGGAGCUCAGUAGCGUGAGGUACAGCAGCAAGCACGAGGUGCCCGACAACCCCGAGCGCUGCACCAGCCGCAUGGCAGUCAUGGGGGCCGAGGGCUUCACCUCCGGCAGAUACACCUGGGAUGUGGAGGUGGGGGACAACAGGGACUGGUGCAUCGGGGUGGCCCAAGAGUCCAUCCUUAGGAAGAAGACCAUCUUCCUAAAGCCGGGGGAGGGUUUCUGGACCAUCAGCCUCUGCAACGGAGACACAUACUGGGCCCAGACCUCCCCCCGGACCCGGCUCUCCUUGAAGACCAAGCCUCAGAGGAUCACCGUGGACCUGGACUACGACAAGGGGAAGGUCGCCUUUAUCGACUCCAUCAGCACGAUGCCCAUUUACACGUUCAAGCACAAGUUCAAUGAAAAACUCUUCCCGUACUUUUCACCUGGAAUUAAUGUGGAGGGGAAAAACCAGAGCCCAAUUAAAGUCUGUCCUUUGACAGUGUCUGUAAUGACUAAAUAAAUCAGAGCAGGUAGUAUUAUGAGUAGUACCAAUAGUAGUGGUAAAAGUAGCAACAGGAUGGUUACAACUAAUUCUCUCAUUCAGAGACUUCUAAAACAUUUUCUACAUAUUUUUCUGCAUAUUUGUUUUUCAUAUUCACAACAUAUUUACAUAUUAAGUUUUUUUCAGGAAAAGUCUAAUCUAAGUGUAUUUGAGUAUGGGUAUAUUCUCCAAAAUCCAAAAGCCAGUGGUUCCCAACCAUGUCCUGGGGACCGCCCGUGUAUGCUAGUUUUUGUUCCAACUAGAGUUGCAAUCCCACUAGACAUGAAAAGCACCUAAUUAAAAAAAAAAAAUUGCUUGUUAAAAUUCUGGAAUUGGAACUGUGGUUGGAACGAAAACCAGGUGGUCCCCAGGAUCGAGGUUGAGAACCACUGCCCUUAAGCCUUAGUGCUGCCCAAAGAUAUCAACAAAGACAAAAGGCUAGCAGUCAUCCCACACAAGGAUGACCAAACUGUACUGGGCCAAAAAUGGUACAGGAAAUAACAAGAAAACACGAUAAUGCAAGCCAAUGGAGAAUAGUGUCUACAAAUUGUAGUGAGAACAAUGAUAUUCAGAGCUAGCUCAAAAGCUAGCAUGCUAGUUAGUCUUUUUGAGGAAGUGUAAGAUGAUUACAUUUUUUUAAAUAAAUGAAGGACAGUGUAGAAUGAUGGUAGUGUUAUAGGUAGUGACAUAUAAAAUGAUUUUUAACAAAACUGGCAUAUUUACAUCUUCAUAAGUAUGUUUUCUUCACCACUAAUCUCUUCAUUACUAAUCAGUUAUUCCAAAAAUAUCACUUGAUUACGUUGUGAAAAAAUAGCUUGCUGGUGACAAUGGGGGGAAAAAACCCUAAGAUUUCUAGUACUUCCUUCGCAUAAUCUUGUAGUUCUGAAGGACAGAAAAUCCACUUAGCAAGCACUCUCUGACCCAGUCAGCCUGACAGGGCAGUCCCUUAGUGCUUGCUGUAACACAGAUGAGCCAGAGGGGGCAGCACAGUCAAUAUUGAGUCAAUAGAGUGCAGAAGGCCAGAUGGUUGGCUCCCAGUGUAAAGAACGUUUUAUAUGCAAACUGAGGAUGCCUUCUGUUAAGAACUAGGUGAAGCCAUUUUGGAAUUUAGUUUGGUUUGGCACAGUACGUAUGUCAAGUGACAUAGCAGGGAAGUUCACAUUUUUAAAAAAGUACUCAAGACCCAGAAAGGUUGGUCAAUGGAGAGUAUGGAGGUAUUUUCAGAUUAAAUUGCUUUAAAGACAGAACAGGACCAGUUUUGUUUGUUAUUUUUUGGAAAGGAUGUUUGUUUUGUCUUGGGGCUCCAGGCAGUUUCUGUCCUUGUGGAAAUGCUGUGGUACCAGGCUUUUCUGUAAGUCACCCUUAUUUUGUGAGUAUGUUAAGGUAGGGUUUUGUGGUUUUUGCAUAAAUGUAUAUUUUGGACUGUACAGUAAGUAUCUGGGAAGGAGCAAUUUAUUUCACUUAAGAAAAUCUCAAUUUCUGCACAUGUACCUUCAUGAGGAUGUGAUAUAAUGACUUCAGAAACAAAUUGUGUCGAGGAUAUUCAUAUCUAGCCCAUCUAGGGGUGGGAGUUUAAAAUCAGUUUAAGCAUUCCGCUACAAUGCAUCAGAUGAUUGCUUAUUCAAUGUAUCAAUCUGUUUGUGUCUGUUACUGUUUAAAUAAACCAUUAUGCAUGACAUA